AUGGGGGUCGGUCCGUCCAGUGAGUCGCACAAGGCGCAAUACAACGUGGCCGUGUUAGGCGCAGCCGGAGGGAUUGGACAAACUUUAUCCCUUUUAAUGAAACAGAGCAAGUUUAUCAAGAGCUUACGUUUGUGUGCGUUUAGUAGAGUAUCGCAGAUAUUUAUUUUGUUGAUGGUGUUGUCCUUUCCAACGCAUCAAAAGAUUCCACUCGAUGAUGAUCCAAUUUUCACCGUAACUGUUUUUGUUGUCGUCUUUCUCUUUCUCUUCUUCUUCCUCUGUUAUGAAUGCGUCAUCUGA